GAUACAAUCGAGACCAACAAGCAAGCGCGCGCGCGCGGUGUGGAUGCGUUGGAGGCGUCUGGAGGUCAUCGCGCGGAUCUUCUGAUGUGGAGGAAAGCGAACACAGCAUAGGAGGCCCCCUCCCAACUCAAGGAGGGGAUUUUGAAUUCGAGUUUCGAGACACAAACAACCAAACUGUCCACUUGAAAACCGCGUUGUAACAGGCAUGCUCGUACCAUAUGCUCAGCAGUUACUUUCAAGCGCUCAGACGCGAUUGUUGUUAGCAUAACACGGGGUCCAGUGCGUGUUUUUUUCAACCGGCACACAAGACCCUCCCUCGUGGGAGAUCGCCCCUGGGAUUAGUAGUAGCAGCCCGGCGCUGCUUGUGUUCGAUCGGCUAAAAUCAGUGAUUGUAUGUUAAUUUCCCAUUAAUUGCGCCUUGUCGGUAGCGCAAACACGGCCCCGCUCGCACUAACCGUUUGGUCUCAUAACGCUUGGUUUCACUGUUGAACGAGCUUCGUUUGGUGCAACACAUCUUGGAUUAGUGCAAGAUUCAUCGCACGUGUAACGGAAUAAUCCAAUUACAAGUCUUUCCGGCGACCAGUGUUCAAUGUCACCGACUCCCGGUCAACGGUAGGGUGAAGUGACAUCAUCUUGUCUGAUAAAAAUACGUACCACCAAGCUGAAGGACACCGGUUGAGGUGGUUGUUGUAGCAACAGGUGUGGUGCAGUGAAGUGGAUUCCACAACAAAGUUGUGUUCGAGACCUACCUGUGAAGAAUUUUACGCCCGUUUGAUUUGAUCAACAAACCAGUGGUUUUCGGACAAGAAACGCACACAACUUCUGUGAUUUAUAUUUGUUUAAUUCCCCACCUUCUGGGCGUAGUGGAGUGUAAUCGGUGUGUGUGACCUGUCCACCUACAAUAAUUCUCUGGUGGAGUAUUCAAAAUAAUGGGCAGCAAAGUGAGCACCUUCUGGCGGCGGGCAAACUGCUGCCAGUGUUCGUCGUGCAUGAACCGUGGCGUCUCUGAGGAUCGAGGAAGCUCAAGGUACAAUCCGUUGGCGAAGCAUCCCCUCGUUUCCUGGGGAAUGGCCGAUAAAACAGAUUCACCCUCCGCUGAUGUGCUGACGGUAAAGUCGGUCGAUCUUUGCACGGAGGAAAACGGUAAAGAUCAUCACACCAAGCGAUAUGAGCUGAUGAGCCGGGAUGAGUAUAGUGGGAAGAUACCGAAGCUGGUUGUACGUCGUGGACAACCGUUCCGUUUGCGGUUGGUAUGCGAUCGUCCGUACGAUCGGGCUCGCGAUGCGUUGAGCCUUAUAUUCACCGUAGCUGAUGAGGAUCAGCCAACGCACGGUCACGGGACGUUGGUGGGCAUUCCGGUUAAUCAGUUCCCGGAGCAGCUUGGCGAACCGGAGGAGUGGGGUGCCGCGAUCGAAGCGAUCAAUGGUGAUCUGCUCCAAUUGUUGGUGAAGCCGGCAGCGACGGCUCCGGUCGGUCAGUGGAAGCUGGACAUUGAUACGAAGCUGCUGAGUGAAGCGUUCGGUAAGAGUUAUUCGCUUCCGCAGGCGUUCUACGUCCUGUUCAAUCCAUGGUGUCCGGAUGAUCUCGUGUACAUGGAAGAGAAAGCACACCGUCACGAGUAUGUGAUGAGUGACACGACACUCAUCUACCGUGGAUCUUACAAUCGACUACGCCCCUCGGUGUGGAAGUUCGGACAGUUUGAAAAGCACGUCCUGGAUUGUUCUCUACUGCUGAUUGCAAAGAUCGGCAAGGUUAGUGCAACGCACCGGGGUGAUCCGGUCAGGGUGUGUCGUGCCAUCUCGGCCGCAGUCAACUCACCGGACGACGAUGGUGCACUGAUGGGCAACUGGAGUGGAGACUUCUCGGGUGGAACUCCACCGACCAAGUGGGUUGGAUCGGUGGAGAUACUGCAGCAGUUCUACAAGCGGCAAAAGCCGGUCAAGUUUGCCCAGUGCUGGGUGUUUGCGGGUGUUGUGUCUACAAUUUGUCGUGCCAUCGGUAUACCGUCCCGUGUCGUAACGAACUACUCCUCAGCGCACGACACGCAAGCCUCCCUCACGGUGGACUACUUCGUGGACAAGAGUGGCAAAAUUAUGGAGGAGAUGAACGCCGACUCCAUCUGGAACUAUCACGUGUGGAAUGAGGUGUGGAUGCAGCGGCCCGAUCUGGGCAUCAGUUCCGACGGUGACUAUGGUGGCUGGCAAGCGAUCGAUGCAACGCCCCAGGAAAGCUCGGACGGAAUGUUCCGCUGUGGUCCCGCGUCCGUGUUGGCGGUGAAGCUAGGUGAAGUGCUCAAACCGUACGAUAAUAACUUCCUCUUUGCGGAGGUUAAUGCGGACAAGGUGUUUUGGCGCUACACCGGGCCACACCAUCCGCUGAAGUUGCUGCGCAAGGAUGUGCUUGGAAUUGGGCUGUUUAUCAGUACGAAGGCAGUCGGACGGUGGGAGCGGGAGGACAUUACGUCAAGCUACAAGUUUGCAGAAAAGUCGGAAGAAGAACGGGCCACAAUGCUGAAGGCGCUGAAGCAAGCUAACAGCUACUUUAGCCGCUACUAUCUGAACGAGGAGUUCAAUGAGGUUUACUUUAACUUUGAGCUGCGGGAUGAUAUUAAGAUCGGUGAACCGUUCAGUGUGAUAUUGACGGUCAAAAAUCGAUCAUCGGAAAACCGGCACGUGGUAGAGGGAUCGCUUCACGUCGAUACCGUACUGUACACGGGCAAAGAUCGGGAAAGCGUAAAGGUGGACAAAUUCUCCGUCACACUAGAACCUGGCACGGAAGAGUCCAUCCGUAUGAUCGUUGAGUUCCACGAGUACUAUCGCAAGCUGCGCGAUCAGGCAGCAUUCAACAUCUCCUGUAUGGCGACCGUACUCGAUACGGAGUUUGAGUUCUACGCGCAGGAUGAUUUCCGUGUGCGCAAGCCGGAUAUAAAGAUAUCGCUGCUUGGUAAGCCAGUAUCGCAGGCACCUGUUGAUGUGCAGUUUACGCUUGAAAAUCCGCUCCCGAUACCGCUGCACAAGGGACUGUUCCAUCUGGAAGGUUCGGGUAUUGGCAAGCCGCUUCUUUUUAAGCACGCUGAAAUUGCACCCGGAGAGAAGGUCACCAACACGUUCACUAUGACACCACCGUACUCGGGACGGUUGACACUCGCUGCCAAGUUUACCUCGAAAGAGCUGGACGAUGUGGACGGCUUCUUGGCGUUCCUCGCCCAUCCACGACCGGAGGAUAUCAUCACGGAGGUGGAAGAUAACGCAAUCGUUGCCCGGACGGACGUGAUCGAUUAGGGAAUAGGGGCCAAAGAACUUGCCAUUUGUAGUCACUACUAACCAAUUCUAGGUUUAAAUCUCUCACUCACACUAUGACUCUCUCACUCUCUAUCCCUGUGUGUAUUACUCACUAACUGCCAAUAUGAUGUGCGUAAUGUGUUUUGAAAAAAAUCAACUGUAUUUAAUUAAACAUUAUUGUAAACACAAAUAAACAGUGCCACAAAACAAA